CGCUGACAAAUAGCCUGGGAGACACACUAGAGGAAACACUGCUCAACUGACGGAGUCAGGAGUGAGUCAAGCUCAGAUUAAAAAGUGGAAUGGGCAUGUGAUACUCUGCAGGAGUUAUCCGCGCUCUGGCAUCUUUACAGUGCAAGGCAAGCAGGACUCAACAACUACCUGUUGAGAUGGAAAAUACGACGCUCUCUAGCCAAGUAAACACAUCCACGACAGCAAUCUCACCAGACGAGAAUAAGGAAACCAGUGAAACAGUCAAGAUCUUCCUGGGAAUAAUCAUGUCUCUACUUGUUUUGCUAAUUGUCUUUGGAAACAUCCUUGUCAUCACUGCCAUCUCCCGCUUCCAACGACUGCAGAACGUGACCAACUGCUUCAUCACGUCCCUGGCCUGUGCUGACCUGGUUAUGGGUCUUAUUGUUGUUCCUUUUGGUGCCUGUAACGUCAUUUUUAACAAAUGGCACUUUGGUGUAUUUUGGUGUAGAUUCUGGACUGCUACUGAUAUCCUCUGUGUGACCGCCAGCAUCGAGACACUGUGUGUCAUAGCCCUAGACCGGUAUUUGGCCAUUACUUCACCCUUUCGUUACCAGUCAAUGUUGACAAAGUGCAGAGCUCGAGUUUUGAUUGUUCUUGUGUGGGCGAUUGCUGCGUUGAUAUCCUACUUUCCCAUCCACACGGAGCUGGCAUAUGUAAACAAAACAGAUACACAUGAGAAAAGCAAAGUUAAUGCUUGUGAGUUUAAUGUCUCACUGGUAUAUGCCAUCACCUCCUCUAUCAUCUCGUUCUACAUUCCUUUGGUCAUCAUGAUUUUUGUGUACAGCCGUGUUUUCCAGGAAGCCAGGCGACAACUGAAAAAGAUUGACCAAAGUGUUGGACGCUUUCAUAACACCAACAACAGUGACUCGAAGUCUCUAGAAUCCAACAACGGAUGGGGACUAAAAAAGGCAAAGUUUUGCCUUCGAGAACAUAAAGCCUUAAAGACUCUGGGUAUAAUCAUGGGGGUGUUCACCCUUUGUUGGCUGCCAUUCUUUUUGCUCAAUGUGGUGGUGACCGUAACAAAUUAUGACCUCCAAAUCCCCUUUAUACUACUCAACUGGAUAGGUUACUCAAACUCUGCCUUCAAUCCAAUAAUUUACUGCAGGAGUCCUGAGUUCAGGUACGCUUUCAAGGCUAUCCUCUGCCUGAAGAGGAACCACCUCAGCAACCCGGGACCAGUCAAUGGAUACGUCCAGAGCCGCAACAGCUGGCAGAGUGAACGACAGGGACGCAGUAAGGGCAGCUCAGAUGAUAGCGAUGCCAAUGAAAGGUGUCUGGGGAAGGUGUCAGAGGUCUGUGGAGGAGAGGACAAAACCACGGACUCUAAUGGAAACUGCAACAAAAGCCUGCCGACUGUGACAACAAGCCUGUAGACUUGGAACUGUGAGACUUCACCCAGAUGAUUGUCACUGCCUUCAUGAACUUUUUUCCUCAAUGGUCUGUUGAAGGUAAGGCCAGCCACGGCGGCCGGCUGACUGCAAUGAUCCCUUUGAGCUGAGGAACAUAUUUAUUUUCCCAUCAUUUCCACAUUUAAUACUGUAGGAGGAUUUUAUUUUUAUUUUUUUACGUACAAGAUUUCUUUCAGCUACCUCAAACCUGCUUUACAAUAUUUUUGUGUUAACUGUCUUUGACAUUGAACCCACUUUAGUUAAACUAUGGUGGUAUCUCAGAUGUUUUUUUUUGUUUUUUUUAACCAUGUAACAUGCUUUGUGAAAGGCAUAAUUACAGAUCGUCGUCUUUGCAUUUUCUGCUUUAAGCUCCUAAGGAAAGAUGACUUUCUUUCUAAAUCAAGUCAGUUUCAUUUGAACAGGCCUGCGUGGCAGAAAAAAAAAAAAACAAGGAACAUAUUUCUGUCAACGGUUUGCAGGCUAUUGGGUUGCAACGCGUUGGUGUUACAAGUACAUUCCGAUUUGCUGAGGUCGCAAUCUGCCAUAUUUCUGUCUUUAUUUGCGUCUGAUUGUGGUAGCGUUAGAGAUCAGCACCGUGUGAAACCGUAGACACACGUCUCCUGUUCUUGCAUUUGACGUGCUGUUGCAUUAGAGUCUGCUGUCAGCAGAACGCUUCAGAGAUAUGCUCUAACGCUCGGAGAUUGAGAUCUUCCUGUUUAGAAGAACAAUGCCUGUAGUUACGCUCUGCGAAUGCUGUGAUAAAACUUGAAAACAUGCAUGUAGGUUUUGAAAUCCUAAAGAUAUCUGAUAUCUUUUAGGCGGAGAGUAGUUGGUAUUAUCGCAAUACUUUGGGGUGCCCUCAAAUGCAUAUAGAUUUUUAAAAUUCAGCAAUUUUUAAAAAUACAUAGAUAUUUUAUUUAUUUUUUAUAACUGAUUUCAAGGUUUCCUUCUGGACAGUCGAAAAUGAAAUUGUUCAUUCUCUCAGCUGGCUUCAAUGUACAGCAUAAAAGUCAUAAAAACUAUUAGCACUUUCUAUCCUCUCUGUGAAACAGAAGCUCUGUUCCUUUGUUGAAAUAAGCCCUUGUCAUUUUUCUUAUAAAUUAGUGGUUGCUGUGUUUCAAUAUAUGCAGUGUUUAUUCCAACCAGAGAGGCCAUUUCCUCAUCGUGCAAGGGUACAAACCACACAUGAUGAUAAUAAUAAACAGGGUGACAACAGUUCCAGGGCCCAGACACAGUGCUAGUCACUGUAUUCAAAUAAACAUAGGAUUAAAAAAAACAGCUCUUGCUCCUAAAUAGCGCAGCUUUGCCUCAGCCUUGUGACAUUUCCCAGAUUGUUCUCUGUGUGUAAGGAUGUGUGUUUACGUCUGAAAUCAAUGGAACAGUUGGAAAAGGCAUUCAGGGGUCCACAGAGAAACCGUCUCAGCUGCUCCAGUUGUUUUGGUCAGUUUCUGUCCGUCUUCUCCCAAAGACUCUAGAUGUGCAGUCCCCAGGAAAUGCCUCAAUCCAGCUGAGUCCGGCACCAGUAAACAUGAAUAAACACAUUAUCUUUGAUGCUUAGUUUGACAAUUAGAUGAUUCUGUGGCCCCACCCCUGCCCACACACCUAGAUAAAAAAAAACUGUUGGGGAUUCUAGUUUGCAGGUUAGGAUUAUAUCCAAAAUGCCAUCCUCGAAUAAUACAUGUCUUAAGACUGCUUUCUGAUGUGUUUUCUCUUGACUUAUGUUAGGUUUAAUGGACAUUAAGCACUUAGAAAAAAGGAUCUUAAUUUAGGAAUUCAUCUUCUUUCCUUCAGAUUAAAUCGCUUCACAGAUCAUUAGGCUAGAUAGAGAUAGCAGAGGUCUAUCUUAAAUCUUUUCCCAGGUCAGUUAGGCUAAAGUUAGCUUCUGAAGAUGGGGAAGAGGAGCCGGGAUUCUCAGCCAGUCUAAAUCAGUGCUAGCGACUGAUCUUUUAGUGCAUGUAGUCCAGCCUCUGUGUGGAGUUGGAUCAGCUGACACUGUCAAAUGCAUUGAACUUUGUUCCUUCAGAGGAAAUCUUUAUGUACUGUAUUGCAAGUUUCGGUCAGCUCUCUUAUCACGAUCCCUGGUCAAAAUACGCAGUCGUUGUACGUCAGCGUGUGCCAUGUGAAAACAAGCUUUCCAGAACGUGGAUCCUUUUCUUGGUCUUCUUUUAUUAUUUUUUUCUGUGCAGAUUUACAGCUAAAUAAAUGCAGGGGUUGAAUGUCAGAACAGAGGUUCUUGAGGAAAACUUUCCGAACAUUUCACUGUAAGGCAUCCUGAAAUCACAAAUCUGCUCAAAGUAUUAGACCAAGUCUUAAAGACGAUUCUUUUUGUUGUUGUUGUUUUUAAAGUCUUGAUAGUUUGAUCAUGGGCUGGCACUAAGCUAUUAGAGUGUCCUGCUUUCUUAUUGUCUUAGACAUGAAAUUUUUGGAAGCACUGUGCAAGUGAUUGUUUGCAUGUCUGUUAUAUAUUCGUGGUGUCUUAUUUGUGGAUUCCUGCUAGCUCGCUUUGCAAGCGAACCUGUUUCAGCCCGAGCUCUGUGGGCUUUUCAGCUAAAAUUCCACACUGCUCCCUCCUGGCAGUGGCCUAUCUUUGCACCUCAGCCGUUUCUCAAUUAUAAAUGGUUACUGUUUUAUCGAUACUCCCGUAUAAUAAGGAAUGUAAUUCAUGCCUUCACAUCCUCGGUGCUUGAGGAUGCAACACUGUUAUGUGCAAUGAGUCUUGAAUAAUGAGCUGACACUACAACAUUCCAAGCACAGCUGCUGUUUUAUAUCAUGGUAACGACACACAUUUACAGUAGUUCCCCCUGCCAGUGACCUGUCUCCGAUUACCCACCGAUGCACCUACAUCGGGUCGGCUAAGACAAAAAGAUUUUGUUUUGAAAGGAUUACAGGUUACAGGUCAGACCAGUCUUACAGUUUGUAUUACCAUUUGGCCUCGAGAGUUAAUAUCCAGCAUAUUUCAAUGUAAUAGACUACAGUGUGUAUGAUAGAUUGACAUGUCAAUGUGGUCCAAGUGUAGGUGGGGUAACUCAAGUGUUAUCCUCAAGGAAUCAGGUUUAUUUUCAAUGAAUAAGUCCCUUUGUUCAACAAGAACUCCAAUUAUGAUUUAAGAAAAGUCAUUUCUCUGUCUACGGCGGCACUGUAUAGCACUUUUAAAUAUGUUAAAACAUAUUUCAGGUCACCUAAAAAAAAACAAAAAAAAAAACAAGUGUUCCCAUUGACAUGUACGAUAAUGUUUCUACUUUUAAAUAUUUUUUUUUUAAAAGUCACUAGAGUAAUUAUAGAAUUGUGAAUUUUCUAUAAAAAAAAAAAAAUUCUAUAAAAGAGCAAACCUGUUAUAUGUGAACUUUUUUCUUUUUUAAAAAAAAGUGGUCAGAGUGAGAAUAUAAUCACUCAGUGGAAUGUUUACUAAAUGUUUGCAAGCUAUUUUCGCACAAUUUUCUUGUCGUUGUUUGUUCAGGUCUUGGAGCUUGUUACAUGAUGUGGUUCCCUGUGGUAUUUAUUUAAAAAGAGAAGAUAAGUUUGUAAUGUAACAUUUUUAUCAAAAUAAAUUAUGUACAUGUUUCAUGUGA